AUGAAUUUCUACGGAAAAUCUUUGGCGAAUAUCACAAAACCAUCUCGACUAUUUUCUACAUUUUGUAUCUCAAAUGAAACAUUGAAACUCAAUUGGUACUCCUCUGUCAUUCCUCUUCUUGAAAAUCUAACGAUGAUUAAUAUCAUCACAGAAAGUACUGGAAUACCCAGUAAUCAUUCAUUAAUUAUCAAGGAUUUAUCAAUUGACCAAUGCAACCCAAUUACUCAACUCACUUCUAUCGUUCCAUCACCAUUGACUCGAACAAAACAAACUUGGUUUCAAUAUCAAUGGCUGUUCAUUUUCCUGAGUAUUUUAUGUUUGGGGAUCGUGUCGGUUAUUUUCUAUCUUUAUGUUACUCGUAAAAAAUCGAUGGUCAUUGAACGGAUGCCGAAUUCAUCCAUAACUUUAUCUCAUCAUUUUUAUGAAGAACCGAUUUCGGUGAUUCUUCAACCAUCGAUUGAUAUUAAUGAAUAUGAUCAUGUCCGAGACAAUUACGCUAGAUCAAGUGAUCAGGGAAGUGUUAUCAAAAUUGUCGUUCCCUCAGCUGCUAAAGCACGUAAAACAAAAUACACUAGUAAAAAUACUCUCAAGCAACAACAAAGACCUAAAAAUCUGUCGAGUCCAAAAGUAGCACCGCAUACACCAUUACAUUCUGCUUCUUCAACAACGAGUGCUUCCAUACAAAAGCUACCUAGAUUCCAGUCAGAUGUUGCGAAAACAGUUUCGCGUUCGCCCGGUGCUGUAGGAUUCAAUCCAAUGAAGAACCUGUCGAACCUUGAUUUAGAUGAAAUCAACAUGUUCGUCCGAGAUAUGUUUAAUAAUCGCAUUGAUUCAGCAGAAAAACCAAGGCAUUAUCGUCCUUCUCGAAUUCCGUUAAUUUGUCCUGACGAUUCUAAUGGUCAUUUAACAGAGUACAUCAAAACACGAAACCAUUGCUUGGAUCUUUUUGAAGAAUAUGUUAACAAUAUCAGACGACAACACGGUCUCGUUCGAAAUGCUGCGUCUGAUCCACCUAUUUUCGAGCCCGGAAUAAGCAUUACGGGCCCACAUAUUAAAAAAGAUACAGCUAUCGUCGAUAAAGAAGAUUCGAAAGUAAUAAAGAAACUAAACGCUACUGAACCGAGAAAAAAAUACGCUUUAAUUCAUGAAAGCAUGGGAAUAUUUAUCAUUGGUGGAUAUAUUUUACACGUUAAUGUUCCCAUUCAAAAAGAACCGACUACAGAUUAUUUGUUCAAAUUUACCGGAGAAACUGUCAAAAUUCCACCUUUAACUCCAUGUCGAGUUCAUUUUGGAGUUUACGCAGAUGCAAAUGGAAUUUAUAUUGCUGGUGGUCAGACAAUAAAUAAUGAAUUACUCGAUGAUAUUCAACGAUUGAAUUUGCAAACAUUAAAAUGGGAACACAUUGUAAAACUAAUGAAUCCAAUCGCUGCAUGUGGUAUGACGCUGGACGAUGGACGAAUUUACCUUGUUGGUGGCUAUGAUAUUGUACAAGGACAAACUGUUCUAUUGUCGGAUUUCACUGUGUAUAAUCUAUCAUCUAAUGAUUUUGAACGAUCGAGUGAUCUUCCAACACCUCGUUGUCGUAGUUUAGUAUUUUCGACAAAUCGUGCUGUUUUCUGCGUGUCAGGCCUAGUCCAAAAGCACAAUGAGAAUGGAAUUAAAAAUAUGCAAAUAUGUCACGAUAUUCUGAGAUGGUCGCUCGAUACACCAACCUGGACGAAAAUCUCUGAAACACCAGUCUUAACUAAAUACCAUGCACUAUCUUUUAAUAAUCCUUACCUCGAAGUAACAAAACGAACUCUCCAUAAGCAAUCUGAUUCAGAUGCUACAACAAACGAAUCAUACUACGAUUUUCGAACGAACGUUUGGACAAACGGCAGAGCGCCAACCCCAACAGAAUCGCCUCCAUCACGCUCAAUCACAACGCCUAAAAAAUCCAAACAAACCUCGAAAUCGAAAACACCCGCCAAAACCCCAUCUAAAACCCGAGUGAAAAAAACACCAUCAAAAAAAUAG